UGCUGUAUAAAAAUCCCGCACCAGCAGCUAGAGAGACAGAAGACACGAGCAGCAAGGAGCCGGACGAAAGAGAGAGCUAUAGGGGAUCAACCUGUCUCGACACACUGACACAAACCCGAACAAGUAAACCAGCCUACAACACAGAGCCCCUGUAAAGAUGUCUGCACCCAAGGGAGUGUCUAUUGGCAUUGACCUGGGCACCACCUACUCCUGCGUGGGGGUGUUCCAGCAUGGCAAAGUGGAGAUCAUUGCCAAUGACCAGGGCAACAGGACCACCCCCAGCUACGUGGCCUUCACGGACACAGAGAGGCUCAUUGGAGAUGCUGCCAAGAACCAGGUGGCCAUGAACCCCAGCAACACUGUUUUCGAUGCCAAGCGACUGAUCGGAAGGAAAUACGACGACUCUGUUGUGCAGUCUGAUAUGAAGCACUGGCCGUUCAUGGUGGUGAGUGAAGCAGGGAAACCCAAAGUGCAAGUGGAAUACAAAGGGGAGAACAAGACCUUCAAUCCAGAGGAGAUCUCCUCCAUGGUCCUGAUCAAGAUGAAAGAGAUUGCCGAGGCUUACCUGGGCCAGAAAGUGUCCAACGCCGUCAUCACUGUGCCCGCCUACUUCAACGACUCCCAGCGCCAGGCUACCAAGGAUGCUGGCGUGAUCGCUGGACUGAACGUGCUGAGAAUUAUCAACGAGCCCACAGCAGCUGCCAUCGCCUACGGGCUGGACAAGGGCAGCAGAGGAGAGCGCAACGUCCUGAUCUUUGACCUGGGUGGUGGCACCUUUGACGUGUCCAUCCUGACCAUCGAGGACGGGAUCUUUGAGGUGAAGGCCACGGCAGGGGACACCCACCUGGGCGGGGAGGACUUUGACAACCGCAUGGUCAACCACUUCAUUGAAGAGUUCAAGAGGAAAUACAAGAAGGACCUCAGCCAGAACAAGAGGGCGGUGAGGAGGCUGAGGACAGCGUGUGAGAGAGCCAAGAGAACCCUGUCCUCCAGCACUCAGGCCAGCAUUGAGAUCGACUCGCUGUAUGAAGGCAUUGACUUCUACACCUCCAUCACGAGGGCUCGCUUUGAGGAGAUGAACUCUGACCUUUUCAGAGGGACCCUGGAGCCUGUGGAGAAGGCACUAAGGGAUGCCAAGAUGGACAAGUCUAAGAUCCAAGACAUAGUUCUGGUGGGAGGCUCUACUCGCAUCCCCAAGAUCCAGAAACUCCUCCAGGACUUCUUCCACGGCAGGGAGCUGAACAAGAGCAUCAACCCUGAUGAAGCGGUGGCCUACGGUGCAGCUGUGCAGGCAGCCAUCCUGAUGGGCGACACCUCUGAAAACGUGCAGGACUUGCUCCUGCUAGACGUGGCCCCGUUGUCUUUGGGCAUCGAGACCGCAGGAGGAGUUAUGACCGCCCUGAUCAAGCGCAACACCACCAUCCCCACCAAGCAAACCCAGACCUUCACCACCUACUCGGACAACCAGCCGGGCGUCCUCAUCCAGGUGUACGAGGGAGAGCGGGCCAUGACGAAGGACAACAACCUUCUGGGCAAGUUUGAGCUGUCGGGCAUCCCUCCCGCCCCCCGAGGAGUGCCACAGAUUGAGGUGACCUUUGACAUCGAUGCCAACGGCAUCCUGAACGUGUCUGCGGUGGACAAGAGCACCGGCAAAGAGAACAAGAUCACCAUCACCAACGACAAGGGCCGGCUGAGCAAAGAGGAGAUCGAGAGGAUGGUGCAGGACGCAGACAAGUACAGAGCCCAGGACGAGGCCCAGAGGGAGAAGAUAGCGGCCAAGAAUUCCCUGGAGUCCUUCGCCUUCAACAUGAAGAGCAGCGUGGAGGAGGAGAACAUAAAAGCCAAGAUCAGCGAGGAUGACAAGAAGCAGAUCAUUGACAAGUGCAACCAGGCCAUCUCCUGGCUGGACAAAAAUCAGAUGGCAGACAAGGAGGAGUAUGAGCACCAGCUGAAAGAGCUGGAGAAAGUGUGUAACCCCAUCAUCAGCAAGCUGUACCAGGGAGGGGCGCCAGGAGGGAUGCCAGGAGGAAGCUGUGGGUCCCAGGCACGGGCAGGCUCAGGGUCUGCCUCCCAGGGGCCCACCAUUGAGGAGGUGGAUUAAGAGGACAGGGAUCAGGGACUGGGCACAGUGGAGAGCUGAUUGUUGGGCAUGAAAUAAAAUAACUAUUGUUUCAAUGUAAAAACUGUUUCCAUGUUGGUUUAGGAUUAGGUUUUAGGUUUAUGUGGUAUACUGUAUGAUUGUAUAGAAUGUUAAUAAAAUGUGUGGAAUUGUAUAAUACAAAAAAAUGUACAGGGUUAUAUAAAUAAGUGAAAUAUUCUCACAACACAAAUUUUAAUGGGGGGAAAAAACUUGAAUUUGUACUUGAAUAGCUUUCAGUAGUGAUCAGGAUGCAGUUUUAAAUUGUUAAUAUUGAACAGUGUGGAAAUGCUAAAUAUAACAAUGUUCAUAUUGGUUAAUAUUUAUUAACACAUACUGUAUAAACUGUGGUGUUUGUUUUCAAUGUGUCUGACAGUUUUGCCAGGUCACUACGUGGUUGCUGUGGCUGUGAUGUUUCUGUACUGCUGACCCACAUACCACUCUUUAUACCACGUUUCCACUUACAAGUGGUCAGAAAAGCUUUGAAUGAGUUUGCAUGAAUGUUGCUAAGCUGUAAAAUUGAUUUAUCUUGAUUCUAUUUUGUAACCAAAGAUGUUAUUUUUAUAAUAAAACUCUUAAAGAUAA